AUGUCAUCCCCGGACUUUAGUAACCACUUCUCGCUGGCCAACAUCCCGUUCGGCAUAGCAUCGUCUCCGAAACAUCUAUCUCCGCAAUGUGUGACUCGGCUGGAGAAUACCGUCAUAUUCCUCGAUGUGCUUCAGCAAUCCGGUGUCUUUGUCAAUAUCUCUGGUCUUCCCGAAGGGGUAUUCAACAAGUCCACGCUCAAUGAGUUCGCUGCACUUCCUAAGGCUAUCCAACGCGAGGUGCGGAGUUUGCUGCAGAAUACCUUGACCAAGGAACUCCCGUCAAAUAGCACCGAGGAUAUCAAUGCAGUCACUCUACAUCUUCCUGUGUCAGUUCGUGGGUUCACGGAUUUCUCAUGCAGCCUUCACCACGUCCGGAACGCCGGUCGGGCAAUCCUCAACGACGAAUCGCCACCUCCGGGCUUCUUUAACUUCCCGAUCGGGUAUAAUGGUCGAUCGAGCACGGUGGUGGUAUCUGGAACUCCUAUUAUCCGUCCUAAGGGUCAUUUCUUUGAUCGCACUGCCACCAGCGAGAAGAAACCAAUUGUAUAUGGCCCGUGCAGAGCGAUGGACUAUGAGCUUGAGGUUGGUGUGAUUGUUGGAAAAAGUGUACAGAAACAACAGGAAUUGAACGCCAAAGAUGCCGAUGAGCAUAUUUUUGGAAUGGUGAUUCUGAAUGAUUGGAGUGCCCGUGACAUUCAAGGCUGCGAAAUGGUACCACUGGGCCCUCUAAACGGCAAGGCUUUUGGCACAAGUAUUUCCCCAUGGGUGGUGACGUUGGAUGCCCUCGAGUCAUUCAAGGUGUCUGGUCCAAAGCCUGAGGCUGUGCUUGCGAGCCAUUUGGAAGACGUGUCAGGGUCCGAGUCUAGCUAUGACAUAGGCAUGAAGGUUGAACUCCUGAAUGACGGACAGGUUACAACUCUCAGUGAAUCCAAUGUCCGUGAUCUCCACUGGAGUGGACGCCAGAUGUGCGCCCAUCUUGCCAGUACUGGAGCGGAUCUUCAGACUGGUGACAUGCUGGGGACAGGCACGGUUAGUGGACCAACUGAUGGUAGCUUCGGCUGUUUGCUUGAAGUUACUAAGGGUGGAAAAGAGCCUGUUCUUUUGAGAGACGGUUCAAAGAGAGUUUACUUGCAGGACGGAGAUGUUAUUCGUAUGACUGCUAUGGCUGGAGCGCCUGGUUCCGGUGUUGGGUUUGGCGACUGUGUUGGGGAGUUGAGGCCCGCGAUUUGA